AUGGUCCCGGACAAGGGUGCGCUGCUGCGCGAGGAUUUUGUGAACCCCGACGACGUUAAAGCAUUUGCGCAUGCUCUGCUGAGUGAGGGGGAUGUUGGGCACGUUCUGCCGACCGGUGACCCCUCUUCAGCGCCUCCAAUGCGCAUUUCAGCCGCAUCCGACUUUGCGCCGAUCCACGAGAAAGUCAAGAAGCGUCCAGUGGACGAGGAUGUGAAGCUUCGCUCGGUCGACCGUGGUGUCCCUGAGGGUUUCAUGUACUCGGCGCUGCGCUGGCCUCUGCUGUGGCUCGUGGGCACCUUCAUCGUGAUCGACUUUUUAUUGUACGUCUUUAUCCGCCAGGUGGUGAAUAUGAUCGAGACGCUCGUGGCGUGGCACGGCAAGAGCCGCGAACUUCGCCGCCGGAUGCGCUCGGCGACCUCAUACCCGGAGUGGAAGCGCGCGGCACUCGACCUUGACCGCCUGCGCGACUACGAGUCGUGGAAGGGACAGGAUGCCAGUGCGUUUUACGACUGGCGCAUUAUCCAGCGAGUGAUUGCGGCGCUGAAGGUGACGCGCGAGCAGGAGGACACGAAUGCGCUGAUGGGUGUGCUGAAUCUCUGCCUCAAGAACAACUUUGCCGGCGUCGAGAACUUUUCGCUGUACUCGCAGUCGUUCUACGGCACGAAGCACCUCAUCGAGCAGUACUACCACGAGCUCGAGCGCGCGCUGCACUACCUCGAGGACUCGGCGCUGGACCCCAAGGUGAAGCGCACCUUUUACCGUGUCGCCUCCAAGAACUUUGGCAAGACGGCAUUGUGCCUGAGCGGUGGCGCGAGCUUUGCCUACUACCACUUUGGCGUGGUCAAGGCACUGCUCGACGCCAAUCUCCUGCCGAACAUUGUGAGCGGUACGUCGGCCGGCGGUUUGGUCGCCGCGCUCGUGUGUACGCGCACCAACGAGGAGCUCAAGGCGCUACUUGUGCCUGAGCUUGCAUCGCGCAUCACUGGCUGUGACGAGCCGCUGUACGUGUGGAUCAUGCGCAUGUACCGCACCGGCGCGCGCUUCGACGCGGUGCGCUGGGCGACCAAGGCCAUGUUCUUUACGCGUGGCUCGCUCACGUUCCGCGAGGCGUUUGAGCGUACCGGCAAGACGCUCAACAUUAGUGUCGUGCCGUUUGACCAGCACUCACCCGCGCAACUGCUGAACCACAUUACCGCGCCCGACUGUCUUAUCUGGAGCGCGCUGAUUGCAUCGGCGGCGGUGCCGGGCAUUCUGAACCCCGUCUUUUUGAUGCAAAAGCUCCCGGACGGCUCGCUGCACCCCUGGAGCUGGGGCUACAAAUUCCGCGACGGCAGUCUCCGUGUGGAUAUUCCGCUGCAGCAGCUGCACUCGCUGUUUAAUGUGACCUAUCCGAUUGUUUCGCAAGUGAACCCCCAUGUGCAUCUCUUCCACUAUGGCUCGAAAGGCGCGCCUGGGCGCCCGACGGCCUUCCGCAAAGGCAAGGGCUGGCGCGGCGGUUUUGUGCUGUCCGCUGCAGAGCACAUUCUCAAGCUCAACCUGACGACCAACUUUAAAAUCCUCCGUGAUCUCAACUUGCUGCCCAAGAUGCUCGGUCAGGACUGGUCGUCGGUCUUUUUGCAGCCCUUCCACGGUGCAGCGACGAUCUGGCCCAAGAGCCAGUUCUGGGACUGGCCGCGUCUGCUGACGGACCCCGACGCAAAGGAGCUGAGCCGCAUGCUCUUUGUCGGCCAGAAUGUCACCUUCCCCAAGAUGCACAUGAUCAGCAACCGCAUCCACAUCGAGCGUGCCAUUGCGCGUGGCCGCGAACUUGUGCGCAAAGAGACCGAGGAGCUCGGCGGCCCGUCGCGCACGCUGACCUAUGCCUCGGACGACACGCAGCAGUACUCCCCUGCCGAGAUCGAGCCCAGCGAGGCGAGCGAGACGGAGCCGACGGUCCCUUCGAUCCCGAUCCCGUCGGCAAACGGCCCGCCUCGCCCCAAGCGCAAGUUGCGCAGCAGCUCGCAGGAACUCCGCAAAGGCCUCGCACGCAGCCAGAGCAGUGUGCUCGAGACCUACUCCCCCGAGUGGUUCCGCUUCCUGCACGGCGUCGACUCGCCCGCAACCGGCGGCACGCCCGACGACUCGGGCGCCGAAGACGGCCCUGUCUCGAGCCACAGCACGCCCAAACGCGGCAUUGUGCAGCGCUACCCCGUCGACGGGUCGAGCAACGGCUGGCGCCGCCGCGGCUCGAUGGUUGCCGACGGCACGCUCUCGACCAUGCCCGCCGACGAUGCGUGGGCCGAUCAGUCUAUUUCCUUGACCGACGGCGACGAGACGCUCGCCGAUACCACCGACGAUCGCUCCGCGCACGAGCCUCGUCUUGCUGCAUAG